CGACCAACUGAUUGCCAGAUUCACUUCUUGCUUCCCUCAGAAACAUGGCUGACCGACCAUGGCAUGCGCAAUAAAAGCAAAUGCAUGCGAUGGAUGUGCCAAGGCUAAACGGAAGUGCGGAAAGCAGGUGCCGGCUUGCGAAAGAUGCAGGCACAAGGGGCUCGACUGUGUGUACCCAGCACCAAAACCCACCUGUUUCAUGCUCUUCAGCCAAGAGGACGACUUUGUCAGCGCCCAAACCAUGACAUAUGACAGUCCAGCAUGCGUGCCCGGAGGUAUUAAUCCGGCGAGCGACCCGAUCCCCCCCGCAGCAGCACCAGCACCGGCACCCCUCGACGUGAUUGCGAUCCCACCUUUCCUCAUCUCCCCCUCCCUAGGCGACCUCCGCAAGGCCUGGUUUCUGACGCCAGAAACGUGGUCCAUCGACCACCUGCCCAGCAGAGAACAUGGCCCCUUCGACAGCGUAGCUCUGAAGCGCUUCAUUGCCGCGCUACAGAGCUGGCUCUCGCAAUGGGUCACCCAGGGCGGCAACCCCUUCAUCCACCCGCGCCUGUACCGGGUUCGGUUCCCGCGCUGCAUGCAGGACGCCUACACGUCGCUUCUGUGCUACCUGUCCAAGACGCAGGCGAACGAGGACACGGCCAUGCGCAUCAUCUCCGACCGGGCCGCCCAGCUGGUGGCGGACCAGGAGGCGCCCGAGCGGCACCUCGACACCUUUGAGCACGUCGCCCGCGUCCAGGCCCUGCUAAUCUACCAGACCAUCCGCCUCUUCGACGGCGACAUCCGCCACCGCCACGAGGCCGAGCAGGUGUUGGCGACCCUCGCGCUGUGGAACCGGCAGAUGCUGGACAGCGCCGCGCACACGGCGCGCACGGGCGCCCUGCUGGUGUGCGGCAUUUCCUCCGGCGGCGGCGGCGCGGACAGCAGACAAUCCCUGGCGCCGGUGGUGGACCGCGAGGAGGAGGAGGCGCUGUGGCACGCGUGGAUCCUGGCCGAGAGCGUGCGGCGCACGUGGCUGCUGGCGAGCGGCGUCGAGGCCGUGUACACGACGCUGCAGCGCGGGCAGGCGCCGUGCCCGGGCGGGCUCAUGUUCACGACGCGGCGCGGCGUGUGGGCGGCCGGGUCGGCGUUCGCGUGGGCCGGCCUGUGCGCCGAGGUCGACGUGUGGUUCAUGCCGCGCGCGCAGACGCAGAGGCUGUUUGUCGAGGCGCGGCCCGACGAGGUCGACGAGUUUGGACAGGCUAUGCUUGAGAUCACGUUUGGUAUCGAGAGUAUGGAGCGGUGGGGGGUGGCGGUGCGGGGUUGACCGUGGAGUUUGCGAGGGCGUAAUACGGAUUAUUUGGACCUGUUUACCAGGGAGGUCUUAUGCGGCGAGCGAGUUCCACAGCGAGCAUAAUGUGUCCAGUUAUAUUGAAAGUUAUGGUCUACGUAGUAACGGGCGGUGUCAUCUUUCGUCCCAGUAUCCCAGAAUCACGCGUUCAAGGUGUGUGAACAAUGUCGACAAAAAUCUCGAGUACUGGCAAACAGCGGCUAUGUUUAGAGCGUUGCAGAUAAUUUUUGAUGUUUGGGAAGGGUGGCACACACAAACGAAUCAUGCUGUGGGGCGCGACAAUUUGAUUUCCAAGCACAGCGAGUCAUUGGGUCGUGGUUUCUGCCUAGCAUG